GUUUGACGCGGCGUAGUUUAAAAGGGAUCUUGCACUAUCGAACGUAGGGCAAACCCAGAUAACCAGGCGCUUUGUUUUCGUCAAGUCCUGUGUGCCCAGCCGGUCAGGCCUGUGGGCGUGUUCCAAAGCGCAUCGAGCAGGCACCCCCGCGCUGCGUUUUGUACGCGAUGGCCGACGAUAAACGCGGGAUGUGCGCCAUGGUCUUCUCACCCCCCUCGAAGCAGCCUAACGUUGCCAAAGCCAGCACCUCCAAUGUAGAGGUGCUGUUGCUGCAACCUUUUGCGCGGACUCCCCAACUGUGCUUCGAGGACGUACCCGUGGGAGCCGAGGCUAGCAGGUUCGUCAAAGUGCGCAACGUUUUGGACACUGCCUCCACGGUGUUCAUCGAACGGGUUCCUCGAGACAAAGGGUUCGCCGUCGAUCCCGAAGUCUUCAGACUGACUCCGGGCACGGAGCAAUUAGUGAACUUCCUAUGGAAACCGGCGGACGACGGUGCAAGCUGCAGGUCCACGGUCAGCGUCCGCUCUAGCCAAGGCUACAAGGGAAUGCUGGUUCUGCUUGCGACUGUAAAGAAGUCGACGGAAAGGGUUCUCAGAAAGCCACAGAAGCCCUGUGCCUCAACUCCUGCCAACCGACGGCAAGCAAAGGUUCCUGCUCCAGACAGCAAGAAAACUGCACAAGCUUCGAUAAUGACAAGACGAAACAUCACCAUACCUAUAGAAUUCAAUUCGAGAACUGAAAUGCGGCAGAAGAGUAGAGUCAAGCCCACCAUUCCUUGCCCAGCAGCACAAGUCCAAGAAACGUCUACAUUUGCGGAUCCAUCUUCCCAGCAGAUCCACCAAGAGCCCUUUUUCGUUAAUGCAGCUGGAACCCAGAGCUGCCAAGAAAUACUUAUCUGUAACAAAGUUGAGGUUGCAGACAUCACUGGCACCCAGAUCCGUCGUGAGACAUUCAUCUCUAACGCGGCUGCAGUUGAAGGCCCCACUGGUUCCACAGACUCCGAGGAAUUUGAGGACAGCCUUAAUUCUGCCCAUACCGCCCCUGUCAAUUCUGGAAAACUGAAUGGCAGCCCUGUUGUGGGACAUGUGUCUGCUGUGGAUGAAAAAACUGAACGGUCUGCUUUCAGCACUGUAUGUGAGGAGGACUCGAUUGACUUCUCAUCCAGCAGCAACUUCAGUGCAAGGAUGCAGGCUUUGUAUGAGGAGGUCAUCAAAAGGCAAGCCCCAGGUCACAGCCCAGAUUCAAUGGAAUCUGUCUUGGACAAGGAGUUCAGCAUAAGGAUGGAGGAACGAUAUCGGCGAGCGUUGGCAAGGCACCAGUCUCCUCAAGCACAUUCCUUUGAAGCAGGGGAUGAAGACAUUGAGGUGCGAGAGCUUGAAGAUGCUGCUGCAGAGUUGGAUCUUGGUACCACAGCUGAUGAUGCUAGUUCUCUCUUCACCACUCGGAAACAUGGCAAUGAUGGGGAGCUUCUCGGCUUUGAUGACUUCUUCCCAUCCAAUAUCAGCAGUAUUCAUGCCUCUUUUUUAAAUCUAUAAUGGAAUUUUUCCAGGUGCAGAGAAAUGUGCACUUGUUUAUGGUAACAAACCUGCAUGUCAAUGCUUCUUUUUUUAAAUCACAGACAAAGUUGGAUUGAGUUAAUCUAGUCAUUUGGACGUUUAUACAAUGCAGCAUUUGAAAUAAAAAUGUGACUGUCAAAUGUGUUCCAAA